CGUGCUCUCAUUCGCUGUCCUGACUGCUCGUGUGGCGCUACGUACGGACGUGUCUGAGCGAGCCUGAGACCCGCGGCGUUCUCCGUGCGUUUAGUAACGCUCCAACUCGUCCAGCGAGACGGUCCGCCCUGUCGUCUCUGCUCGUCUCUGAAGCCCCUUUCGCAACGGACCUGCGCGGACGGAACGAAACGAGAACUCUCAGCGGUGAGUACGUGUUGUGAAAUAUUUCACCGUCGCUGUGGAUCUGGAGCUUCUCUGGCGUCUCGGAGCGGAGAAGCGCGCUGGUCUGAGGACCUCCCCGUGGCUGGGCUUGCUGUAACAUCCCUGUCAGAGCUGCUGUUGGUGCUCACCGGGUCUGCUGUGUGUUCCCCCGUCUCUCAGCCUGAAGAUGAUGAAGGCCCUGGAGCUGGACGACCUGGCAACCCGGUUCCGCUUCGCGGAGGCCAGUGUGGGGGUGCUGGGGUGCCUGUCCGUGGGUUACGCCGUGUGGACGCCCUGCUGGUUCGGGGGCCGCGGGCUGUGGACCGCGGAGAACACCACCACGGGCACUGACUCGAUCCAAGCCCCCUCUCCCUCCCUCUCUCCAGCCCCCACUCCCUCCCUCUCUCCAGCCCUGGAGGCCGAGCAGGUCUUUGCGGUGCUGUCCUUCCUCAUGGCGCUGGCUUCGGGCCUGCUGUGCCUGAUCUUUGCCUGCUGCUGGACGAGCCAGACAGUGCGGUCCUACUCCAACACCCGCGCCCUGCUCAUGGUGGGGCAGGCGCUGUUCCCCACCACCCUGAUGCUCAUCACGCUGGCUCCCACAGGGUUCUUCUUCCUGGUGUGCUGGUCCCUCUUCACUAAGCAGCACUGGGAGGAGAUCAGCGCUGACCCGGGCUCGCUGGGCUCCUCCUAUUGGCUGGGGGCGCUGGGCUGGGCGCUGCUGCUGGGCGUGUUGCCGGGCGUGUUUCUGGUGGAGCAGUGCCUGGUGCCCGACCCCCUGCCACAGCUGAGGGAGGCAGCGGAGAAGUGGUGGCGCGUGAGGGCGUGUCAGCCCUACGACCCCCGCUCCUUCAGCGAGGGCCACGCCCAGACGGACUCCGCCUUCCUCCGCGGGGAGAAGAGGUACAUGUCCUUUCCCUGAUCCCGGUUUGGAGGGGCGACUCAAAACGCGCUUUCACUCGUCCUCACGCCCGAUUGGUUUCCGAGGAGGGGCACUUCACUACACUUUCACCGGCCCCUGUUUGAUUGGCUCGGAGGAGGGGCAACUUAAACGCACUUUCUUCCGAUUGGCUCGGAGGACUGGUCUAUUGAGCGUCUUCGACCCCGAUCCUGCUGUCCGGUUGGCUGAACUGGGGUUGGUUAACGGGGUGGGGGCCGAGGAUGGUUCGAGGGGCACGCCGUGGGUCAGAAUUCAUGGCAGCCCUCUCACUACGUUCUCAAUGGAGCUGUCCAUUCACCAGCGUGUGGGCAGGAAAGAGACAACCUCACACUGGCGUUUCUGUGGAGCGGACCUCAUUCUGUGGCUACGGCCAUCAGCUACGCCAGGCAGCUAAUGAUGGACCUGGGUUGAGCCACUGUCUGCUGGGAGGAAGAGGAUGAAGAGGAUGAAGAGGAGGAGGAGUGUGAAACCACUUCCUAAUGAAAGACAAUGCCAGAGCGUGCUCGGGAAUUUGUGGGGUGUUCUUGAGGGCAUGUGGCAAGCAAAACUUUUCAAUUUCGACUGUGUGCACGCACGUGUGUUUGUCUCUGUGCGUAUGUAUGCAUGUGCGUGCGUGUGUUUGUGCUCACAUGUUACUUUGUGCUCAUUUAUGUAUGCAUGUGCGUGCGUGUGUUUGUGCUCAC